CCUAGCAGAAACCAGUCGGGUCCCGGCCUCAGGUCGCGACGGGUGUUUAGUUUACAGGCGAGCGCCGUACCGUACGGUCGACUCGCGCGCCGUUUCGUAUUAUAUUUCGUACGUUAGUUAUCGGACGGUGGCUCGACAAUUUUCGACUCGAUUUUCGUACAGUUUAACACGGAGAGCAACGUGUUCGCUAUCAACGUGUUAUUUUCGAAGAGAGAAGAGUGAUAUUUUCUUGGUGAACGAAAUUUUCGAAGCAUGCGAACAUAUCGUUGGAACUACAGUGAAGUUAAUCGCGUGUGACGAAAUUGUACAACGUGAGUCAUAAGUGUAGCUGAUCCCUACCGAUAAACUAAUAUAACCGUGACAGCGUACACAAAACUGUCGUGUCUGGACGUAUUUACGAGACCGUUACGCGAAUACGCAGAUAAUAAACAAACAAAAAACGAAGGCUUUCUUGGAACAGUGAAAGAAAAACUUUCCCUGCGGGCAAUUUAGUGUAAACUUUAAAACUGAACGUUUGUCGUGCUCUUACCGUUAUUGUGCGCAGUUUGUCGUUGAUCGCGUUACAUUCGCGUUACAGUCGGAUAAACGGUGAAAUUCGGACCACACUCAAACGGUUUCUCGUUCGUGAUUUAGUGAGUGAGAGUGACAGAAGUGUGUAAACAAGGCGAAAAGUGAAAAAGAAGAGAAGAAGCCUUUUUUUAUCCUUUUUUUUACCGGUCAAGAUACCUUGGUAAAAUUCUUCCUGCCACUUGUACUUCUCUCGAGAAGCUCGACUAUUAAAACUGGCAGCAACUUCAGAGUACUUCGUUCACCGAGUGAUGUUCUGAGACGCAUCGGUGGUAAAAAAAAAAAAAAAAAAAAAUGAAAGCCGUAAUCGCGACGUGUCUCCUCCUCUCUGUCACCGGCGUCCUCUCCGUCGAGUGGAAACACAGCGCCGUCCUGGACAAUAACUUCUUAGUUCUUUGGACGCCAGGCGAGAGGGAUGUGAUGUUCGAGAUUCAAGUGAAGACCCUCGGCUAUGUGGGUCUCGGUUUCACGAGGGAUGAUGGCACUGUUGGGGCUGACAUGGUCAUUGGAUGGGUGGACAACAACGGACAGCUCCAUCUUCAGGACCGACACGUGAAGAAUUCGAGCAAGGAUCCCCAGAUGGACUCGAGCCAAGACUACUGCCUUCUACUGGGUUACGAGAACAAGACGCACACCGUUUUACGUUUCAGCAGGCGAUACGAUACGUGCGACCCGCGGGACCUCAAGAUCACGGCUUCGGGCGGCAGGCGCGGCGGGCAGGCAUCGGUUUAUAAGGGCGCGGCCAUCCCCGUGGCUCUCCACGCUAUUAAAUCGUAGCAACAUAUAUUACGAAAUCGGCCACGGAGCUUAACUGCUUACACCGAAGCUUAAAUUAGGUGGCGUUCGCUCACAGGCUUGGAACAGCGUUAACCAAUUUUAUCGUGGCCGUUAGACAUGUAAAUUAGCUGCAUACAAAAUAAGCUAAUGCAAAACGGAAGCGUAUCGUAUUUAAAGGGGGUGGCUACGGAAAAGGAACGUUCCACGGGAGAAAGAGCCGGUCAUGCGAAUUUAAGCCGCGUUCUUACGUACCUUACACGCAUCCCUCUAUCUAUGUAUCACUUGUAGUAAUAAGCAAAUAUUGUGUUUCAAAGGAAAGAGUAUUUGGUAAAUUCUGUAAAUUAGCGUUCAAUGGUUGAUCCUUUUUCGAGUUUUAUUAUUGCAUGAAUAUUUAGGGGUAAUGGAUUAAGAUAAAGCUAUCUUGAGUGGUAAGCCGGCGAAUAAUCCAGGCAAUAGAAUAAAGUCAAGGGAUUCAAAGAAUUCUAUUAAAACGAAGAUCGAACAAAACAAUUAUUGUAAAUUUUCAAUGGCUUUAUGAUAUAUUGACGUUACAUGAUUUUUAAUAUUAUAUCACGAAGGAUUAUUAAUUCCAACAGUGGAAUCGAACUGUGAUUAAUUCCACUGUUAAGAUAGAAAUUAAAAAUUAAGAAGAAAAAUUAAUCGAGGAAUAUUCUGUUAAUUUCAACAGAAUUGAAUGGCAAUUAAUUAAUUUCUCUCUAUCAAAUACCCUUUAUCGGCCCCUCACUUAAAAAUGAAUCAAACGAAGCGGAAAAGUUCUGAAUAAAGUGAUUGUCUCCACGAUAUUCUUCCAUAAGUGGAAACUUAAAACCAUCCAAAAAAAAAAAGAAAAAAAUAAUAAUAAUAAACGAUUAGAAAACAGG